CGCGGGGCGGCGGGCGCGGCGGAAGGGGAGCGCUGCUGCCUCCCCGCGCCGCCCGGUCACCUUCGGCGGGGCCGCCGCCAUGGCGUUCCUCCCGGACGAGUCGCGGUCGCUGCCGCCGCCUCCCCUCGUCAACAAGGGCUCGGUCUGGCUGGGUCUGGUCGGUUGGGUGACGGCGCUGCUGGACAACGGCUUCAACCACCGGCCCGUCAUCCGAGCCGGUGUUCACCGCCAGAUCCUGUUCACCACCGUGGGGUGGUUUCUUGGCUAUUACCUUGUUAAACGUGCGGACUACGUGUAUGCCAAACUGGACAGAGAGUUGUUUGAGUACGUCAGGCAGCACCCAGAAGACUUUAAGAUAGCAGAAAAGAAAAGAAUAGGAGAGCUUUGGGACAAUUUCUACCCAGUUCGCUGAGGAUUUCUCCAUCAGUGACACGUCACGGGAUGAACUAAUUCCGUACCAAGAGCUUCGGCCAGCUGCCUGCAACCGUCCAACCACCCAUGGCUUGGGAAAUGAACCAUUACUCUGCUUUCGUGUAAUAAAAGCUACAAUUAAA